UGUAAUCCAGAUGUUCUCAUCAUGGAAUAGGGGUGGCGAGGCAGCAGAAUCACCUGGAAAAAGUUGUAAACCGCGUGCUUCAGCCCAUUUCAGGAAAAGAGCAGUCUGAUUUAUUAGGUCACCCGAGUCCUAGGCAACCUUUUCUUUUUAUUUUAAGCUCCUGUGUUACCUUGCCAUACAUCCCUGCUGGAGAAGCAUUUUGGGGGCUCAUUCUCCUUAUAUUCUGGAAGACUAUUCCUGGGGAACCAAGGCUGCACAGACCCAGGACUUACAUCCAGAUGCCUGGCUUCUGCUGCACGGUAUUUGCACAGUGCUUGCAGCCUCGCAGGAUCCAUGGUGUAGAAGCCUGUGCCAGGGCCUGUAGGUGUGAGCUAGAUGGGGCUUGGUGCCUGAGAAGACAAGGCCUCAAAGAAGGAACAGCCCUGGAACUUGCCACACUUUUGACUCAUCUGCAGCUCGACAGCCCCAGGCAGGAAGUAAGAACAGUACCUGAGUGACAGCAGAUGCUGUGACUUCAGUUCACAGUCUCACACAGCCCGCUAUCAGAAAGCAAAAGAAUUUUGAUUAGACAGCAGCUGACCAACUCCAUGACCUGGGAAGAGACACACAGCCUCUGCAGCUCUGUUAUCUUAGAAGCAGCAGAUAAUUGAAGGUGCACUUUGAGGAAUAUUGAGUGUUAACUGGACUAUCAGAGAAUUGAGAACAAUCCUAUUUGGGGAUCAUACACUGACUAUGGUGGUUUAUAAACAAGGAUAACUGAUGACGCCCCCCAGGAAGUCACUGCUUCUCUGCCAGUCACGAAGUUAAAUGAAGGAUGGCCCCUAAGGGUUUUAUCAUGUGAAGUCUUCCUGAAUUUUCUUGCUCUCUCUUUUUGGAAAUGCAAAUAAAGAAGAUGAAGGAUAUUGGACAGCAGUUAUAUACCACUCAAGUGAAUGAUGGACAUAAUUCCUUGACCAUGUCCCCCAAACAACCAAAUGCCAAUAGAGCCACUCGACCAGAUAGACAAGAAGCGCAAGCUCUCUUGUGUCAAGGCUCGGAGGCAGAGGCUGCCAUGAUGACCAUCGCUACGUGUAUGAAGUGCAAGAGUGUUGACAAAAUCCUGCUUCAAGAUUUGAAAAAGGGUACUGGGCCAAGCCAGAAGGAAGACAAAUACGUUUGCUUCAGAUGCAACCUUAGUGUGGCCACUUCCCAUUUCCAUUUUGUGAAUAGUAAUCCCAGUGCUACUCAUGUAGGAAAUAAAGCUGAAGCCAUCGCCAGUUCCAUCAAUAACAAAUUUAAGGUAAGGAACUUUAAGCCAGGCAAAUACUAUUGCGAUAAAUGUCGAUUUUCCACAAAGGACCCUCUCCAGUACAAAAAGCACACGCUCCAACAUGAAGAGAUUAAAUUCAUCUGUUCUCACUGCAGCUACAUUUCCUACACAAAAGGGGAGUUCCAGAGGCACCUGGUGAAACACACAGGCAUAUUCCCUUAUCAAUGUGAGUACUGCGACUAUGGUGCUAUUCGGAAUGACUACAUUGUCAAACACAGGCGCAGAGUGCAUGAGAGGGCGGGGGGACGGCGACCGCCCAGAACUGUUGCCAAGCUGGAGCCAAAAAGAAUCAGCACAUCAAAACAAAACACAGAGCUCCUAAAAACUCCCAAUCCAAGGACUGCAUUUCAAAAUAAGUUGUCAGAUCAACUCUCAAGGUUCUCCCUCCAUACAAAUAAAGACAAAAUGCACAAUAUCAUGUUGUUGCCGGAAUCAAAGGAAUACCAAAAAGAUGUAGUGUGUAUUCCAAAUAAAGUGACCCUGAUGGAGCCAAAUGAAGGCAGUCUGUUUGAGAACAAAAGCGUGGAGGUGGAAGUGUUGUCCCCAGCGAAAGAGCCCGUCCAGCCAGGAAUGCCGUUGACAGUGGUGGCACCAGCAGAACUUGUGGUCCCUGCCAACUGCUUGGCCCAGCUGAUCGAUGUGAAGGUCGUCAACGGGACCCAGCAGCUUGUCCUGAAACUGUUUCCUCUGGAAGAAAGUAACCGCCCCGAAGCUGGUGGGGGUGAAGGGGGUCAUUCUGAGCAUAUGAUUAAAGAGAAGGGUUCGGCUGAACCAGAAAAAAUGGUUUCUGCAAGCCAAACAAAGUCACUGGUGAUUGAAGGGAAUGUUGGAAAACUGGCAGGCACUGAUCAUCUUCAAUCGUCAGUUCAGAAACAACUUAAAAAUGUGAAGUGGGUCAGGUCUUACGAUUUUUUCAUGUCAAAUUCUAGUGUGCACAAUCGAGAAUCCCUUCUCUACCCAGAUACAGUUGAGGACUUCCAGAAAAAAAGUAGUAUCUAUCCACAUAGACCAGCUCUUCCUUCUCUCUCUUUAAGAGGUCAUUCUCCAGCAUCUGUAGUAAAAAACAGUGUUUUCCACAGUUUCAGAGCUGCAUCAAACCCUUUUCCAUAUAAAGCUGCUGUUUCUUUUGCUGAAGAUGGAAGGAACUCACUUGGUGACUCACAGCAGUUAUAUCCCCUGGCUGCGUCACCUGCAACCAUGUCCUUCUCUGGAGAAAAGGGCUUGUUGCCUGUAAGUACAAGUAACUUGGAAUCUAGACAUGAGAUCAGUAUUCCUAUAAAAAUGGUUCCCUCUCAUAGGAAGUUGAAAGACAAGCAGACCGAGGAACACAAGGCAGUUUCAAACACAGGCCAGAUUUCUUCCCAACAUAAAAGUGAAUAUUUACACGUAAAUAUACCAGGAGAGGAUGGAAUCAGGUCUCAGCCGCCUGUGGAGGAGCCUUUAGAAUUAAAGAAUCCUGAAAGGACUAAGGACUCUUUCGAUGGUCCAGUCAUCUCGUCAGUAUUUUCUCUGAGCUCUGGGUCUGAAAACGUCCCUGAGGGCGUUAAGUGGAAUAGUUCAACAUCCAAAAUAAAGUCCAUUGAACUCUUGCGCAGGAAGAUUGCUCAGUUGAUUGAAUCCUGUGGCAAGCCGUCAUCUUUGUCUGCAAAUAACGCACAUCGCCGUUCUGUAGGGCAGGCAUCGAAGGGAACUUCGCAAGCUGCUCCUGAAGGUAUUCACGAAAUUAACGUGUCAUUUGCCGGCACUGCCUAUUCCACAGGCACACUCCCGAAACCUCAGGAAGACGGUGGUAUCAAUGGGCCGCUCACUCCUCAGCAAAUAUAUCCACAGUUUAUAGAAGGCAGCAAUGGGAAAACUGAAAGCAGAGUGACCAGGAAGGCCCAUGUUACUACUCCAGUAUUGAUCCCCAAAGGGGCUGUGUUGAGGGUUCUUAAUUCUUCUGAGGAUACCCACAUUAUAGAGGCAACGUGUGAAGCACCGGUCAGCAUACCUUGCCGUGAGACCCAGUUAAUAAAACCCAUUCCGUUCUGCCCAGUGAGACCGACAGACUCAGACUUACCGUCUUUGACAAGUGAAAGUGGGCCCAUAGAUAUGUCCCAAAAUCUUGAUAUACCUCUUCGGCCAAAACCAAGAAAAGAGAGUGCUUUUUGUAGCACCAUGCCUAAAAAAACUGGCCCCCUGCACGGUCAGCAAGGAAGCAGUGAACUGAGUAAGCAAGGCAAACCGCUUUCUAGAAGUCUUCCUAUAAGUAAAAACAAAACCAAACAAGUGAAUUCAUCCAAGAAGAAAAGCAAAAUCCAGGCUGAUCCCAGCCGCUAUCUCAAGGAUCCUUCAAUUUUUCAGGUUGCAAGACAGCUUCGACUGAUUGCCGCAAAGCCAGACCAGUUGAUUAAAUGCCCCCGUCGGAACCAGCCCGUCAUCGUGUUAAACCAUCCUGAUGUUGACUCUCCAGAAGUCACCAACGUGAUGAAGGUAAUCAAUAAGUACAAAGGCAAUGUCCUCAAAGUCGUCCUAUCAGAGAGGACGAGGUGUCAAUUAGGCAUCAGAAGGCAUCAUGUUCGCCUGACAUACCAGAACGCAGAGGAGGCCAAUCAGAUAAAAAGGCAAAUGAUGUUGAAAAUGAAGCUUAAGAAGGUGCAUAAAAACAACUACCAGGUGGUGGAUUCCUUGCCUGAUGACUCAUCGCAGUGUAUAUUUAAGUGCUGGUUUUGUGGGCGGCUUUAUGAAGACCAGGAGGAGUGGAUGAGUCACGGCCAGCGGCAUUUGAUAGAGGCAACUAGAGAUUGGGAUGUUCUUUCUUCCAAGGGCAAAUAAGUAAAAAAUGGUCUUUGAAGCAAAUUGUUUUUCUUACUUUUAGUUUAUUCUAGUUUGUUUGUUUUUCCCCUCCCUCCCUCCCUGGCUCAGUGGAAGAAAUGCAGAUUGUAGGAAUGGAAGGAUCAUUCAUUUUUCAGAAACCUUGUGAGAAUGUUGAGAGCCAGGAAUCUUAACCUGAGAUGACUGACCGGACCUUGGCAGGUGUCUGUAGCCCCCGGAAUUGUAUGCACAGAUCUAUGUACAUGUGUUUUUCUGGAGAGAAGUGAAACUUCCAGAUUUCCAGUUGAGAUCUGAGAUGUCUUUGUAUAGCACCCCUUUUUUCUGAGUAGAAACAAAUCUGGUGAUCUGU